UUAUCUUUGGGUCUGAAUUUUACAGGUAUAAAAGGCUACAUUAUGUAAGAUUUUGUUUUUGUUGCCGCCAUGAUGACACGCAAAAGUAUUUGCUAUUUAUUCGCUGCAUCAUUCGUAUGCUUUAUUGGAGGCAUUUUUGCUGAGACCUGUUCCAAUGCAUCUGUUUCUAUCUGUAUUGAAAAAUUGAAAAAUGCAAUAAAGGAAAAUCCUUCUGAACUUGACGCUAUAUGCAAGAAAUCAUAUGAAGUUAUUGCAUGUGUUGACAAAGUUGCUACAGCAUGCAAAAAUAUUCCUGUGGAAUUAAACAUCAUCUAUGUUAAAGAUCAGAUGAAAAAGCAUGGGUGCAAAGAUUCCUCAGCAGGUUGCAGAACAAUGACGAUGGGUGUUCCUUGGCUUAUUUUUUGCAUUAUUAGUGCAUUGUAUAGAGCGAUAUUAUGAUAAUGUGU